CGUACAAUCCAACUUGUCUAUAUAAACCUACCCCAUCAAUCAAAGUAAGAAAAUCACAAAGUUCAUCAUGUCUUCACAAGUAAGUGAAAAUUUAAACAGCAGCGAAACAGAGAUGGACACAGCAAUGUCUUCAUCACCAAAUAAUCCAUCGACCUCUAUUUCAACACAUUGGGACGAAGGAGAUUUAAUGCUGCAAGGAUUUGAAGGUGAAAUGGCCAUAUUUGCGAAAUGGGAUGAUUCCUAACAAACUGUGGAGAUUGAUAAGAGCGUACACCGUUGGAGAACGAGAUUGGGGUUGAGGAGUGUUACGAUGAAGCAUCAUUUUUUAGGUAUAUCCCCUUUCCAUCAAAUUAUUAAUAGGAUGAACCAUUAAUAAAAGCUCUUUUUAGAAAGCUUGGUGUUUCAUACAAAUGGGGAAAAGCAGAGCCUUAUUAUCAUUUGUAUUAUGAAGGAUACAUCCGACGGGACGAAGCGCAGUUGGAUGCAUAAUUCAGCAAGUACAAGAUUGAUGAUGCAGACGAGAAUGAACUCGCAACCCUGAUAGAGACAAUGAAGGAGGGGAAAGUUCAGCCUACAAACGUGAUUUGUCUUGCACUUGGAACCUUGCAUGAUCUACACCCUAUGUCAAGAGAGCGGAGUUUCGGCCAACUGUCAGUGUCAGGGCUUUGGAAAUUUAUAGGACUGUUGGGCAAGCAAAGCAUAACCGUAACCAUAUCAAACGUUAAAGACUAACAUGCUUAGGGAUUCCACUAAACGCAAAAAAGCUCAUACAAGAUCCAGUUAUGACCCCUGGAGACCAAAUAUUUUUUGGGAAAUUUGGAUUCCAGGCUGUUGUAGAUCCGGAAGGCAUCAACGCAAUUGAUGAAGGAACACUACUAUUCUUGGUCAAUGGAUAUGAUGAAAUGACUUACAGAAUAAUGGACUGUCCUCCACCAGCAAUGUCCAUUAGUGAUCGCUCUUUGGCAGUUCGAUUGCAACAAAAGAGAAGUGUUAUAGAGAAAACCAGACAAACUCUUGCUAUGAAAAUCUGUUUGCUUUACAGAAGAUUCUUCGUAUUAGUGGCUGCCGUGGUAUGUCGAAAGCCAAUUUUUAUUGGAGAAGAGCGGCAGGGAGAAAGUCUUUAAAAGGAAAGUUCAUAGAUGCAGGUGAAAAGAAUGCAUUAGCUUGUCUCAGAAAGAGAAACGGUGGAAAAUUUGUUGUCGGAGAACCCGGAGAACUCAACCCUGCCGCUGAGAAUAGCGAACGAAUCA